AUGGCUCUGAGGAAGGCGGCGGCGGGGCCCUUCUCCGGCUGCUCGGUGCUGGUAUGGCGGUUGCGAUUCAUGGUUAGGGACGGCGGUCCCUUUGGUGAGUCUUCCCCGUUUGGUGGCGUGACGGGGCGGGUGGGCUGCCGGGGAUCAGACUUGGUGUCCAGCGAUUCACCGGCGGGUUGGUGUCGUGGUUUGAUGCCCCGACGGCCAACAGCGCCAAGAUGCUCCUUCCUGAACAUGCCGCAGCACAGCGUGACGGUGGAGAACCUGUGCUCGUGCCCGCAGAGCGGCGUGGUGAUGUCGUGCAACCUCGGCGAGGUGAAGGGGGUGAUCCUGGACACGACCAAGAUCCAACUGCUCAACCGGGAGGAAGGCCUGUGCCUCAUCAACAUCGGCUGGCCCAUCUUCAACGGCAAGCCCAUCACAUUCACCUACGCCGCCAAGACGCCGCUCGACUUCACCCUCUAUAACGCCUCGCCCGAAUGCUAG